AUGGACGCUUUUGAAGACGAGAAUCCGUUCGAAAUAGAAGCCGAGCGCAUCCACUCGGAUACGUCCUCGUCGACCAGGGUCACUUUGUCGGAACCAGCUUCACCACCCUCUCGUCCAUCUCGUGUCCUGUCUUCCCCGCCUCAGUCGCCGCCUUCCAGGCGACCAACUUUCCCCUCGCAGGGUUCUCAUAGACAGCCUCAGGUCUACAAGACUGACUUUUGCUGUGUACGGGAUCAGUGGCUACAUUCCGGAGAGGAUGUGGAGAUACUCAUUUCAGAUGCACUCAAAACGUCUGUGAACUCCACCUCGCCCUACAUUGCGUAUGUAAUUCGGGCAGGAAAUGCUGAAGCCCACCACCGAUACUCGGAAUUCGAGUCCCUACGAUCAAAUUUGAUCAAACUAUACCCCACACUCAUUAUUCCUCCGAUACCUUCCAAACAAACAAUAGGGGAUUAUGCCGCAAAACAAGCAAAAGCGAAGGAGGAUGCAGCCAUGAUCGCACGACGGAAACGCAUGCUGCAGACAUUCCUUAACCGAAUUGCUCGACACCCAAUACUGUCAAACGAGCAUGUAUUUCAUAGGUUCCUGGAUGGAGAGGUUUCAUGGUCGGAAGUCUUGCAUUCCCCUCCAAUAUCAUUAUUGCCCAAGAACACUCUGAAGGCACCGUCACAUAACCCCACGGACCAGAAUGCAUCUGCCGCAUACGCCGCGCUCCCUAACCCCUCUACCGCGCACCCUUUGCGGCGACCGGAUCAACGGUUUCUUGAUUCCGAGACGUUUACGAAUAAGUUUGCAGCCCACUUGAGUGGUCCAAUGGAAAAGGUGACGCGCCGCACCAUGAAGCGGUGGUCUGAUGUCGCACAAGACCAUGCUGAGCUUGGUGCAACGCUGAAUGGAUUUAGUCUCAAUGAGUCGGGACAGCUCUCGACAGCAGUUGAGAAGACUGGGCAAGCAAUCGACACCACUUACAUGUCGACUACCAGAUUGCUGCAAGAAUUUGAACAAGACUGGGCAGAACCCUUGCACGAAUAUAGCCAGUUUGCAUCCAUCAUCAAGAAGCUUCUUAUAUAUAGGCAUCAGAAACAAGCGCAAUAUGAGAUGACACAAGACCAACUCGAAACCAAGCGUGAGCAGCUAGAGGAACUUGAGAAGAGCGAGCGGGAGGCUCAGAGGUUAGAGGAAGCGCUCAAUCAAGGUCGUGUGAGUAACCUGAGCACAUCCCGCAUACGGACCGAGGAGAAUGUGAACGGCAAUGGGAAUUUGGAAAGCCAGGACGACUCGAAUGGUGCGGAUGCGCCUCAACCUGAGCCCUCCGUUUAUCUUCCUCCACAUCCUGGUCCAAAUCCUGUAAGGCGAAGAGCGCCCGGAAUGGGUUUUUUGAACGCUUUGAGUUACACAUUACACGGAAUGAUGGACGUGGAUCCUGAAACAGCGAGACGGAAUUCGAUCAGCAAAACCAGAGAGACGAUCUCCCAGCUGGAGGAUGCAUUACGUCUCUCAGCUCAAGAUUUGAAGUACUCGAGCUCGACUAUUCAGGCUGAUCUGGAUCGGUUCCAGAGGCAGAAAAAUCUUGCUGCGUGGGAGGAGGCGAAGGCGGAAAUAGCAAAGAUCCCAGAUCAUCCGAACCAGGUACCACAUGAUGGGACCAACGGCAAGGCUCCGGGGAACAGAAGAGAUUCUACAGCAACUAUCAACGGUCGUUGA